UGUAUUUCUGUUUUUUCAGUUUCUCUUUCAUGAUGACAUGAUCUCUUCAAAAAGUCUCUUUUGACCACCACCACCACCUUCCUCCUCCUUCCUUCCUCCCUUCUUCUUCGUCCCUGCACCCUCCCUUCCUCAUCAUCAUCAUCAUCAUCAUCAUAUAACAAAUCUUCCGCUGCUUUUCAUCGCCAUUUCGCUACUAACUCUCCGUUAUCAUAUCAUAUCAUAUCAUAUCAUAUCAUGGGCAUAUGUUUUUCCUCCACCAAGGUCAGCGGCUCUAACAGCACCAACAACAACACCACCACCACCACCGAUGCCGCCGCCAACCGCAAACAACGGAGUUCGGAGACGACAACCACGGUGGUGCAGAAGCAGCAAGCGACGACCGGUCAACGCCGGAGGUCGACGGAAGACGCACAGAAGAAGCAGAAACCCAAAGAGAAAACCGGUUCGAGGAGGCAAGGGGGGCAUGUCCCGUGCGGGAAGCGCACAGAUUUCGGUUACGAUAAAGACUUCGAUAAGAAAUUCUCGCUCGGGAAAUUGUUGGGACAUGGCCAAUUCGGUUACACCUAUGUUGGAAUCGAUAAAUUCAAUGGGGAUCGUGUCGCUGUUAAGAGACUCGAGAAGAACAAGAUGGUUCUCCCCAUAGCGGUUGAGGAUGUUAAGAGAGAGGUCAAGAUAUUGAAAGCACUUACUGGCCAUGAAAAUGUGGUUCAGUUCCAUAAUGCUUUUGAGGAUGAUUCAUAUGUAUAUAUAGUUAUGGAGUUAUGCGAGGGUGGAGAAUUGCUAGAUCGGAUAUUGGCCAAGAAGGACAGCCGGUAUACUGAAAAAGAUGCAGCAGUAGUUGUAAGGCAGAUGCUUAAGGUUGCAGCAGAGUGUCAUUUACACGGUUUGGUACAUCGCGAUAUGAAACCAGAGAAUUUCCUUUUCAAAUCAAACCGAGAAGAUUCAGCUUUAAAGGCUACCGAUUUUGGUUUGUCUGAUUUCAUAAAACCUGGAAAGAAGUUUCAAGAUAUUGUUGGAAGUGCUUAUUAUGUUGCACCUGAAGUGUUAAAAAGGAAGUCAGGCCCUGAAUCAGAUGUAUGGAGUAUUGGUGUGAUUACGUACAUAUUGCUUUGUGGGAGACGGCCGUUUUGGGACAAGACUGAGGAUGGAAUCUUCAAGGAGGUCUUAAGGAACAAGCCUGAUUUCCGGCGAAAACCAUGGCCAACCAUAAGUAAUGCUGCAAAAGAUUUUGUGAAGAAAUUGUUGGUGAAAGAUCCCCGGGCAAGAUUAACUGCUGCUCAGGCUCUGUCACAUUCAUGGGUUAGAGAAGGAGGAGAUGCUUUGGAGAUUCCUAUUGAUAUAUCUGUCCUGGGCAACAUGCGACAGUUUGUAAAGUAUAGUCGUUUGAAACAAUUUGCACUAAGGGCAUUGGCUAGCACUCUUAAUGAAGAUGAGUUGUCUGAUCUAAAGGAUCAGUUUGAUGCGAUAGAUGUGGACAAAAAUGGUGCUAUUAGUCUUGAAGAGAUGAGACAGGCUCUUGCUAAAGAUCUCCCUUGGAAGUUGAAAGAAUCACGUGUGCUAGAGAUAUUGCAAGCGAUAGACAGCAACACAGAUGGGUUAGUGGAUUUCGCCGAGUUUGUGGCAGCUACAUUACAUGUGCAUCAAUUGGAGGAACAUGACUCUGAUAAGUGGCAGCAACGGUCUCAGGCAGCUUUUCUGAAAUUUGACUUGGAUAAGGAUGGCUUUAUUACUAAGGAUGAACUCAGAAUGCAUACUGGUCUGAGAGGCUCCAUUGAUCCAUUGCUUGAGGAAGCCGAUAUUGACAAAGAUGGAAAAAUCAGCUUACAAGAAUUCCGUAGACUUCUAAGAACUGCAAGCAUUGGUUCUCGAAAUGUUUCAAGCCCAAGUCACCGUCAGCGGAAGAUCUAAAUUACAUGUAUUUCAGAGGUUGCAAUAAUUCAGGAUGUGAGAGGGGUGAAGUUCCUUUUAAGAUGAUCUCCUGUGCAGAUUGUGCUGAAGCCCUUAAGAUAUCUGUUCUGCAGAUUUUGCUCUCUCUGAACAUUAUAUGGAACUCUAAAACUAGUGUUGUAUAGAGUGGCGUGCCGCACAGGAUUCAGUGUUAAGCUUUGUCUAGAGGGCUACGUCAAGAGGUGUUUAGUAGUGAGUGUGGAGCUUGCUUGGAUUGGCUUCAGGUAUCAGAGUUGAGAGUUUCAUCAGUGUGCAUAAUUUAAGUUUGUCAGGGUUUUCUAGACUCGCUUGUGCCAUACAUGUAAUCUGUAACUAUAAAUACAAAUCUUCUAUAUAAAAAAUUCCUACGAAUCAUCAUCAAAUCAAAUUAUAUAUAUAGUCAUAAAUUUGGAUAA